UCUGCGGGCGGCGGGCGGAGCGUGAGCUGCCAGCCCGGAGCUGGGAGCUGGGAGCUGAGAGCCGGGAGCUGGGAGGCUCGGCUCGCGCCCUGCACGCUACCACCCUCCGGGUUCCCAGCCCCGGGUGCUGAGCUCGCCGCUAUAAAUAGCAGGUUACAGCUUCUGCUUGGGCGCACACGCUUUCACUGGAGAACGCAGGAAAGUCAUCCUGAAAAGUGUCUGCUGCUGCUAUCGCCCCCUACUCAGCUUCUGCAAGAGAACCCAAAGAAAUGGUGUUACCUGGCAAGAUAUCUGCUGUGUGUUAUGAAAAAUCAGCCCAAGGUCCAUGACUAUCUCAUAGUGUGAAAUGCAUUUAAUCCAACAUCAAAAAUUUCCAUAGCAGUCCAAGUUCAAGAGUCUUUAUUGAGAUUCAAAGUGAUCUCUCAGCUGUGACUCCUGUGAUGGAAGCAAAACAAACCUGAAAAUCAAGUAUCUUUCUGGCAUUUCUGUGGAAAUUCAUGCUUUGUAUCAGUUCACUGCCACCUCGGGAUGCCUCUGCUGAAAGAGCCCUAAAACCAGAGAAACAAUAACCAAAGAUCCAAGGUGUUGAGGAACACAUCUAUCAGAAUUUCACAGUGGAGUAUUAGAUCAUUAAUGUGAAGAUACACCAACGUUAAACCUGAACUCAUUAUCUGCUACCAUUUGAAAAAGAAGCCGUGGAGAAUAAGUCAGUUGUGAGGUGGAUCAUGGAAAUCAAAGAGGAAGGAACAUCGGAAGAAGGCCAGCAUUUUCUUUCUGCAGCUCAGGCAAAUGACUCCGAGGACAUUCAGUUUACUAGCAUCCAGAAGAUUCCUAACGAGCCACAGUUGGAAUUCAUUCUCGCCUGCAAGGAUCUUGUGGCUCCUGUCAGUGAUCGGAAACUGAAUACAAUAGUACAGAUCUCAGUAAUCCACCCCGUGGAGCAGACGCUGACGAGGUACUCCAGCACAGAAAUUGUGGAGGGAACAAAAGACCCACUGUUCCUGACGGGUGUCACAUUCCCAUUUGACUACCCCAUCUAUGAAGAGACAAGAAUAAAACUGACAGUCUACGAUGUCAAGGAUAAGUCUCAUAACACUAUUCGAACCAGUGUCCUUCCGGAACACAAGGAUCCCCCGCCAGAAGUUGCGAGAAGCUUCCUGGGCUGUGCCAGUUUUAAAGUUGGGGAGCUGCUAAAGUCCAAGGAGCAACUGCUGUCCCUGAGGCUGAGAACCUCAGAUGGUGGCAAAGUGGUCGGCACCAUAGAAGUCAGCCUCGUGAAGAUGGGUGAGAUUGAGGAUGGGGACACCGACCACAUCACAACAGAUGUGCAGGGACAAAAGUGUGCACUAGUAUAUGAAUCCACAGCACCAGAAAAUCUGAGUGGGAAGGAAAACUUACCUUUUAUGAAUGCAGUGCUAAGGAAUCCUGUGUGUAAACUGUAUAGAUUCCCCACGUCUGACAAUAAGUGGAUGCGAAUCCGUGAGCAGAUGUCAGAAAGUAUUCUUUCUUUUCAUAUUCCUAAGGAAUUGAUUUCCCUUCACAUAAAGGAAGACUUGUGUAGAAACCAGGAGUUAAAAGACCUUGGUGACCUUUCCCCACACUGGGACAACCUACGGAAAAAUGUCCUUUCUCACUGUGAUCAAAUGGUGACUAUGUACCAAGACAUCCUGACAGAACUUUCCAAGGAAACAGGGUCCUCUUUCAAAUCCAGCAGCAGUAAAGGAGAGAAAACAUUAGAAUUUGUUCCAAUCAAUCUACACUUGCAACGGAUGCAGGUGCACAGCCCUCAUCUGAAAGAUGCUCUUUAUGACGUCAUCACUGUGGGGGCCCCAGCUGCCCAUUUUCAGGGAUUCAAGAAUGGUGGUCUUCGUAAACUACUCCAUAGAUUUGAGACAGAGAGAAGGAACACCGGCUAUCAGUUUAUUUACUAUUCGCCUGAGAACACAGCGAAGGCAAAGGAAGUUCUCAGCAGCAUCAAUCAGCUGCAGCCUCUCAUAGCAACUCAGGCAGACCUGCUGCUAACCUCUGCCAGCCAGCGUUCUCCAGACAGCCUCAAGAGUUCUUUAAAGCUGCUUUCAGAGAAAACUGAACUUUUUGUUCACGCCUUCAAGGAUCAGCUGGUCAGGAGUGCUCUUCUAGCUCUCUACACUGCAAGGCCAGGAGGCAUUCUUAAGAAGCCACCCUCUCCUAAGGUCAGCACAGAGGAGAAAAGUACCCAGCAUGAUACCCCACAGCUUAGAAGACAAGACUCCAUACCACAUCAUUCUGACUAUGAUGAGGAAGAGUGGGAUAGGGUGUGGGCCAACAUGGGGAAGAGCCUGAACUGCAUCAUCGCUAAAGUCGACAAGCUGAUUGAGGGAGAUGGUCAGAAUGAAGAAGGUGCCGGAGGCAGCAGUAGCAAGGAUGGAGAGGCAGACCCUACCCCGGAAGAUUCCAUCACAUCUCAUCCAAGAGAGGACUGGUAUGAACAGCUGCACCCACUCAUCCUCACCUUGAAGGAGUGCAUGGGAGAAGUGGUGAGCCGAGCCAAGCAGUCCCUGACAUUUGUGCUGCUUCAGGAGCUAGCCUACAGCCUGCCCCAGUGUUUGAUGCUGACUCUGAGAAGAGACAUCGUCUUCAGUCAGGCGCUUGCUGGAUUGGUUUGUGGUUUUAUCAUCAAGUUACAUACAAGUUUGCAUGACCCUGGCUUCCUACAGCAGCUUCACACCGUGGGCUUGAUCGUACAGUACGAAGGGUUGCUAAGCACAUACAGUGAUGAAAUUGGAAUGCUGGAGGACAUGGCUGUCGGCAUUUCUGACUUGAAGAAGGUUGCAUUUAAAAUAACUGAAGCCACAUCCAACGAUGUCCUCCCUGUUCUCACGGGAAGGCGUGAACACUAUGUGGUGGAGGUGAAGCUCCCAGCUACAUUGUUUGAGUCGCUGCCUCUACAGAUUAAAGAAGGCCAGUUGCUCCAUGUGUAUCCCGUUCUGUUUAACGUUGGAAUCAAUGAGCAGCAGACUCUGGCUGAGAGGUUUGGAGAUGUUUCUUUGCAAGAAAGCAUUAAUCAAGAAAAUUUUGAACUUGUACAAGAAUAUUAUUCAAUAUUUAUGGAAAAGAUGCCUCCUGAUUAUAUUUCACAUUUUCAAGAACAAAAUGAUUUAAAAGGCCUGCUGGACAACCUUCACCAAAAUAUUCAAGCCAAAAAAAGAAAGAAUGUAGAAAUCAUGUGGCUGGCAGCAACGAUUUGUCGGAAACUCAAUGGCAUUCGUUUCACCUGCUGCAAAAGUGCCAAAGACAGGACAUCAAUGUCGGUGACACUGGAACAGUGCUCCAUCCUGAGAGACGAGCAUCAACUGCACAAAGACUUUUUCAUCCGAGCGUUAGAUUGCAUGAGAAGAGAAGGAUGCCGCAUAGAAAAUGUACUGAAGAAUAUCAAAUGCAGGAGGUAUGCUUUCAACAUGCUACAGCUGAUGGCUUUCCCCAAGUGCUACAGACCUCCCGAAGGCACGUACGGGAAAGCUGACACCUAAGUUUACCAACAUGGAGACAAACAGAAACACAAAUACAUUGAGCUUUGAAGAUGUCCACCUCUGUCAUUUUUAUUUUUUAUCAUCAUGAGUUUGUGGGGUGAGGCCCUCUUGGGUCUUGCUCACAUUACUAAGAAGGCAACCGAGAUCUGAAGCCUCACCAGCACUUCCGUGUCCGGCCCAUCUGUUCUCCUGUGUGUUAACACACCUCCCUGGUUGAGGUUAGUUGAGAAAGUGUAAUUCCAUUUGUAGGAUAUUUAAAUAAAGCAUGUCCUGAGGAAACAAGGUUCCUCCAAUGGUGCCAGAGGUGAUUCGGGGAACACCACACUCCACCUAAGCAAGUAAAAGUUCAUGUGAUGCAGUCUCGACUGCAGACAACCUCAUAGUCCCGUUUACUGGCUUUUAUAAAAUAUGCAUAUAGUAAAUGCAAUUAGGGGAUGAUAAACUGUGCCCUUCAUUAUUGACAUGGUUUGCAGAUAAUAAUGUUUGUACAAAUCUUUGUCAUCCAGUUCAGAUGUGAUUCUACUUUCUAAGCUGGUAGAGGAAAGUGUGAUCAGAGUCAUGAGCUACAACACAAAACUAUGGCUCUUCAUAAGACUCUGAUGUGGGUCGGGUACCCCACCUAGACAAAGCAAUGUAGAGCCUUUAAUGGUAUACUGGGAAAAUACUUUAAGGCACCAAGUUGCAAAGAAAUUUAAGGAGAGUGCUCGCUGAUGGCCCAAAGGCAAAACUCCAGCAGCUUGAAAUUCACUUGGAAAAAUUCAUAGGAGAGAGAGAGAGAGAGAGAGAGAGAGAGAGAGAGAGAGAGAGAGAUCUAUGAGAUGUUUCCUGGGAGUCCUUUUAAGUGUGUGAGUUUGCUUUCUAUCACAGGUUAAUAUAUGUGAAGUAGAGAAUCCCAUAACAUGUGUGCAGCCAUAAACAGUAAUAAAGAAGCACAGUACCUGUCAGCUAAUCUGGAUUUCAUAUUUGUCCUUACAGUAAAAUAACAUCAAAUGUAAAAUUACUAAUAUUCCAAGUUAGUCAUUUCCUUGGAGACCACAUUGCAAAAGAAGCAAAUGAAUUAAGGCAGUGCAUUUGAUGACUGUAGAAUAGCUAUCUAAGUCACCCUUGCCAUCUCGCUCUUUAAACUUCCUAAUCUACAGCUUCCUUCUUCUCCAGAUUGCUAUGCUACCUGUUUAUGAAAACUGAGAGACAAGAGCCAAAUAGAAAUUAGAAUUUAUCACCGAAUUAACAUUCAGAAUAAAGUUAUAGGAAAAAACUAUAUUCUUCCCUUUCUCCAAGCAUGUAUCGCCCAGAGCAUGCUAGAGGCUUCUCACAAUGACACCCCUCUGCUCUGGCUUCAUUCAUAGGGCCAUGUUGCUUAUCUUCAUGGGUCACAUGAUAGCUAUUUGCUUAAAAUACUUCUUCCCUGUAAAGGGUUUUCAAGUAGACACCCAGUCCCAUGUUGAGUCUUCUAAGACACUGAAAACAGAAGACAACUCUCAGAGGCUUCUCACAGUGGAAAUAUCCAAUCUUUUUAAAGUUAAUGACCUAUGGCUGUUACCAAACUAUUUAGAGACUUCAAAAAGCAAAAACUGCAUUUAUAUAUGAAAUUUUCUUAGUGUUCUCAGACCUAGUCUCCAUGUCAGUAAUUUUACCAAUGCUUAUGAUUAUUGUGUUUUUAUCAAUAUGAUAGGAUUUGUGGUUACUUUUGUUAUUGUACUAAGUUUGAGAGAGAGUUGUGACCUACAAGGUUUUGUGUCUAACCCUGAGCUUUUCUUAGUAUCUCAGGUAGGGAUACACAGUCCAGGACACCGUAUAUAACUUUUAGGUCAUAAAUAUUUUAUAAACAACACUUCAUGCUUAUAUAUUUUUAUAAAUUAACCAUCUUGAUUCAAAUAUGGUAUUUAUUAACCAGAAAGUGAAUAUCAGAGUUUUCCAGUUUUGCCUGACAUUUCAUAGGAUAUUUUUUCUUUGUCAAUAAAUGCUUGUGUAGAAAUACCAAAGUUGGCCUCUAUAUUGCACAACAAUGAAUUUUUAUUCAUUGACAGCAGCACCAUUUCCUGUGGGAAUCGUACGUAUGGACAUCCUUUCCACAGAGGAUUUUAACAAGAAAAUUCCUAUUUCCUAAGUGUGGCUGCUCUUCUGUAAAUACACUCAGGCAACCACGCCAUGACUCAUCAUUACCAAGACUUUCAGACCCAAACAUUAAAUGCAACCUUUUAAAAAUCUCCCUUGCAUAAGCAUAGCUGCAGCCAAGUGGCUCUAUCAGCUGCCGUCACACUGUGUCAAUCAUGCUUUCAUUUAAGAACUAUACCCAGCAGGCAGAUGUGGGAGAUCACGUACAGCCAAACAAUUUAUCAAGAAAGUGACAUAUUCAAACAAUGAAGUGGGUUUUUUUUUUCUUUCUCAAAAAAAAAAAAAAAAAGAAAAGAAAAAGAAAAAUGUUUUUCUUUUUUAUCAAACGCAGGAAUCAAUUCUGGUUUAACUAUUUACAGAGCAAUCAGAGAAAUAUAUAUUAAAAGCACAAAAGGGGAGAAUACCCAGGAUUAUUACCCAAAGGUCUAGAGUGUGUGUGUAUUCUCGGGACAACUGAAUGUCCAUUUGAAACAUCUGAUUGAAGAAGAGGUGCACUUUUGUGCAGCAGCACACUGAAUCUCCACCUCUGCGUUUCUGCCUAAAUAUUGCCUUGAGCUUUACCACACACUGCUUAAAACAUCUUCUAAAUGUUUUGGUCAAUCAGUAAUCUAGUAGGGCCUUGAUAACUGUAAGAUAGCUGAGGAAUUCUUUAAAACCAGCCCCUCCCCAGUCAUGCAGUACUCCAUAUGGCCACUAGGGGCUCAUGAUACUAUUGCUUCUGACAAACAUUGCCACAUUGAAAGCCAGCAUAGACUGAGUGAUACAGCCCCUCCUCUUCCUUUUCACACGUGACUUGGAUUGGAAAAAUGUGCUAUUCUUUCCUAAUGAGAUCCCUCCCUCUGUAGAGAUGCUGUACCACGAGGCUUUCCACUAGGCAUCCCUGCGUGGCUGGUUCAUGAGAAGUUGUCUUUGAGUUUUCUAGAAUUUUGCAAACUGGCCGCUACAGGGAUUCGUGAUUAGCCAUGUCAUGAAAUGAAUUGGUUAAAAGUAAAGAUGAAAAUUAAAUCUUAUAACUUCCUGGCUUUUUUAAAACCAGAUUUUGCUAUCUAUCACAUUUCUAAAUGUAGUUGGCUUUGAUGGUUCUGAGCAGUUCAAGUUCUGUAUUGAUAAUAUGCAACUGUGAACUGCUGGACUCCACAUUUAGGAACACAUGUUGAUAUCUUGAAAUCACCCACCAUGAGGAUAUUUAAACCACAGAAAUUGCCAAAUUCUAUAAACUAGGAUAUUUAUUUUGUGGAAUGCCAGAUGUUAAGCAUUUACCAGCCAGAGCAUGGCUCCAUGCCACUACAGAUAUUUUUUUUCUCCAGAAAAUAACAAAUUAUUGGAAGCAGGAUAUUAUUAGGGUGGUUUGUAAAGGAAAGCAGUCUUUUAUCAGAUUAUUAUAAUCGUAUUUUAGAUUUUAUCAUCCUUAAGGGACACUGCUACUCUAUCCAGUAUAUUGUAUGCUUAUAUUUUAUUCAUAAUUCAGUUACUAAAAAUAAAACAAUUGUUUUAUUAAUUAAAUUAAUCAUCUGCUGCAAGUAGUCCAUAGAAUUCCAGCCUUAUUGUAAAUAAUAUGUCAGAACCAAAUUCAGGAAAAUGUUACUUUAAUCAUAAUAUCCCAAAUUAUACUUUAUCUCAAUUUAUAAGCUUAUAAGUAUGGUAUUAUUGAAUGGAAAAGCAGAAUUAGAUCUCUAUACCCAAUGAUUACUAAAUUUGGCACAGUUGAAAGCCAUCCUGUUUAAAUAAACUCUCUAAAAAUAUAGUAAUCAACAUAGAUAUACAUACUUUAUUCUGAAGGGUGUAUCACAUCAUUUUAGUCCAAUCUGUCGGGCACAUUUUGUGAUCUUUUAAGAAAUGAAUAAAGUUUUAAAACACAUUUGAGGAAUAUGUCCAAGAGACACUCUGAUCAGCAGCUGUGGAGAGCAGGAGGUAUACAGGGCACAGAACUUUUCUACAUAAAAUACACAAUGCUCAUGACUGAAAAGAAUAAUUAAUUUUUAAAAACUAGCAUGAUUUAUUGACAGUUUUAACAUAAAUUCAUAUUCAUCCAGCCUACCUCCAUAUUUAUUAUAUUAGCUAUGAUUCCAUAUUUAUCAUAUUAACUUUUAAAGUAAAAGGGAAGUUACAUUUAUCUUUUCUUUCUGACAGCUGAAAUUAGAAGUUUCCACACAAAGAUGCUAACUAUAGCACAUAUUGACUUCAAAAACACAAGCAGCGUUUUUGAUAAAAUAUGGUAUGCCAGUUAAUAUGGAGAAUAAGGAACAUAAAUUUGAACACUUAUUUUCUGAGCAAUGGGGUAUGCUAGUUUCCCUUAAAUUUUAUUUCUAAGACUACAAAAUACAAUCAUGCUUCUAAUUUAAGAGGACCAUAUAAUACUUAACUAGAGAAAGGGAUACAUAUGAGGUAAGGCUAAUCUCCAAAAUGGUGAAUGCAAUUGGUUUUCCCACACUUGUAUUUGCACUCAGGCAUGCGUAUUUAAGGAAGUGGAAACUCAAGAGUUUAGUUUCAGAGAAUGUGGACAUUAGUGCAAAUACAACUUGCAUAAAUGAUUCUCUCUGUAAGCCAUGUGCCAUAGAUACAUUUUAGUACACUCUGCAUUGCAGUAAAGCAAUAUUUAAGGAAAGAGGUAUAUACCAUUCUGUGCUGGAAGAAUACAUUUUCCACAAUCAUUUAAGAUUAUUCCCAGAUAACAAAGGGCACAGUGUAACAUUCUGUAUUUUAUGAUGUUCUACGGUGGCACUGUUCAUCAGGAAGUUUUAGAGACUCGAAUUUGGUCAAUAUUUCUAUAAUAUCGGUGUAGUUUUUAAGAUGACUCAUGUCAUGAUCAACAGCAGAACCUAUCUCAUGUUGAAAAGCCUUCACAUUUUUCAAAGGGCAAAAUAUUCAUUUAUCUGCCCAAUGCUUUGUGCACUUGGUGUGAACAUAUUAUCUUUUAAUUUAAUUCAUUUUCAGAUUCUUGUAUUCAUUUUAAAGGUUGACAUUUGCUUUCUUUUUAUGUUAAAUAUACAUUCUAGAUAAACCAAUAAUGUGUUUGUAUAUCCACACGCCGUGGAAAUGAGUCAUGAGUAGAUCUUUUAUAUUACCGUUCAAAGAAAUAUCACAUUCAUUUUAUUUUGUGUAAAUCAUAUUCAUCAUGCACUGUAUGUAUAUUUUUGUUGAAAUAAAUAUGGUUUUAUUUUUA